UAGAGAAAUUUUCAGGGUCAUUAGAAAAACAUGUUGAAAUUGAAGGACUAAGUCCAUUCGCAUAUACCUCAUUUUUAUAUACGCUAUUAACUAAUUUAAAAAAUGAUAAGUUUUAUAUCCUUCUGUUUCCCGAACUUAACAUGCUAUAGAGUUUUGUGGUCCUCUUUCACAUGUUAAGGAGUCAUAGAUGGUUCUUGGCUAGGCCAAAAAUAGAUGGGACAAGUAUUAUAACUGUUUACACCAGAGACCAGACACCAUCAAUGAGAAAAUCAAAAGAAAAUCUCGUUCGUUACUCUGGGGAUACAUACGGUUCUACCCACUGGAUCGAACCAACACCUAUUAACUAAUUAAAUAAAAUAUAUAUAUACUGCAACCUUGUCAACGACCAUAUCACGUUGACACACAACAAUUUUUGUCCGAUCACUGAAGUUAAGCAACAUCAGGCGUAGUUAGUACUUGGAUCGGUGACCGCUUAGGAACAAUACAUGCCGUUGGUUUGUUUUUUUACUGAGAUGAAUUUAGAUAUGCAUCAAGAAUGGUAUUUGUGCUGCUCAAAAGAAGUCGACGAAUGUUGCUGCAUUGCUAAUUUAAGAAAAUCAUAUGUUAAUGAACUUUAUAUUAAACAGAUUAUUUUAAAUUUAGAAUUUAACAAAGAAAAAACUGUAUCAAUAUUAGUCUGUACAUGUCAGCUGCUUGAAAGAGUUAUGAAAUUACAAUUACUUUUCAAAACGCAUAACAUAAAUAAAAAAAUAACAAGACAACUUAUAAAAGCUUCUACUCGUGGUUGUAUGGAAAAUUGCUAUUCAUCGUCGGGAGUUCUUAAAAAUUUAGAAAUUUUAUAUCUUGAAGUUUUGACAAAAAUCGAAGGCCUCAUGAUCUUGGUUGAUAAAAUUUUAAUAUACCAAAAGACACAGGAUUAAUAUAAAUUACGAUUUUUCAUUAGUGUUAAAAAAACAUAAGCUGCUUAAGCGGUAAGAAUUUCUAUGUCAUCUUUUUAGUGUUAUUUACAUAUUUUUUUUAAACUAAA